GAUAAUAUACCUACGUGGUUUUAUUUUGUUUUGUAAGAUAUUUUAUAUUCGCGUUAUCGUAUUUCGUGCAUAGAAUAUCCAUUACAAUUUUGCGUUUGUCUUUUCAUUGUUCUUGAUAGCUCUUCAUACAGGCGUUGCUAAGGAUCUCAUCGAAAUGAAUACGUCCAAGAAUUUGUAUACUUGUUUGGCAAUAAUAACGCUAGCGGCGACAUUGCUCCUGAAGUCAACCGAUGCGUACCAAUUUAACCAAACAAAAGGUAUAAAUUGGGAAAAAUACCAUGCCCGUCAAAACACUUAUGGCAGAACAUUCGUAGAGACUAUUCUGAAAUUUUCACUCAUUGAAGAAAAACGAAUUGAUAUUGGUGAAAAAGAAAUUGACUUGCUGACGAAUGAUUGUACUGAGUUCAAUCCAGAAAAAGAGCUGGCUCUAGAACAUUUUUUUAGAAGAAUGUUGGUGUUACAAUGUAACUUCGGCGUAAUGCUGUUUAAAAGCUUGUCGGUUUCCAAAGCGAGUGGUGAAGCGAGGGAAUUGCCCAAAAUUAAUGAAUAUAUAAAGCAGAUGAUGUCGAUAUUUUACGAAGCCAAGUCAAUCGUUCAUAAUUGCUUUUGGUUAAUUCACAUUGGUAUAGUAGCGUUUGAAAUGUGUGGGCAAAAAAACAGUGCUAGUGUCGAAUUCAAAUAUGUUACACAGCAGGUAAAUCAAAAUCUCGAUCAGUUCUGUCGGGCAUGUAAGCAAAAGAAGAUUGUUCCCGUGGAUAUAUCUAUCGACCAAAUAGACCAAAAAUUCGAGGAAUAUGCUCUUUUAUUAAAGGACCACCCUAAAUUAAACCAGCACAUGACAAAUUUCCAGGAGUGGAAUUACACGCUGUUUAUUGUGGCACAGAAUUUGGAGCAAAUUUGUCAACCAAUUGGCGAAGUCAGUUGGGGAGCUACAAUAGAAAUGAUGCGCGCAGCUAUAACGCUAGCCGAUUCAGACACUUGCAAAUGGUACUUAGCCCCAUACAAAAAUGUCGUUCAUCAAAUGUCAGUGGGAAAAGUCGUGGAAGCGAUCGUGCUGUAUCGAGUAGUGAUACACCUCAUGUCUUACGCCGCAGUUCUAGGGGGAAACGUAUACGACGUUAGUAAUCCGACCGAGUUUUGGUUACUGCUCAAAGAACCGCUGUUGUUGGCCAUAGAUGUUUUGGACGUGAAAAACGGAGUCCUCUGGGCUUUGAGAUAUCAUAUGAUCACCGAAACAAUUGACCUCAUAACUGUGCAAUCCAUGACAAAGUAUAUUUUAAAUAGCCUUAAGAAUAAACUCAUCGAACUGAGCGUGCCGAAAGUAGACACGGUUUUGGGAAAAUUUGAAGAAAUUGAAAUCGACCUGACCGAAAUGGUGGCUAAGCAAAACGCUGAAGACCUAAAAAAAUACCUUGAAGAUGUACAGAGUACGUUGCCCGUCAGUUUAUCUUUUUUACGAUUUUUCUUAGAUGGUCAAUAUAAUGAUACAAAAGAUCAUGCCAUUUUCGACAUAGACAAUAAUGUAAUUUAAAUAACAUACACUUUGGCUUUUUGUUUGUAAUAUUUUGGUUUAAAAUUAUAAUAAAAUAUUCAA